AUCUAGCAGUACACUUAUUGUACAGAUAAUGCACAUUAUUUUUUCUAAUCAUAUUUCAACGUGACAAAUUCUACAAGUUUUUAAAAACAAUGUCUGGAACUUUAAUGUUUUUGCUAUCUAUUGACUUUGGUCUACAAGCUGUAGGGUGCAUUUUUUCUAUCUUAUUGAAAACCGAAAAAUUAUUUGAUCUUUGCGGUGCCAUCACAAAUUUUCUUCUUGUAUACAUAUCUUUACAAGAAAAUGAAGAACCUUCGCUUAGGCAGAAUAUUCUUAGCUUUAUGGCAAUGUUGUGGGCCUUAAGAUUGGGCCUCUUCUUGUUCUUUCGAGUUUUGAAAAGCGAGGAUAGAAGGUUUAAGCAUGCCAAACAAAAUCCGAAAAGAAUGGCUGUUUUCUGGACUAUUCAGGGUAUAUGGUGUUUUGUAACUUUGUUGCCGACUAUCCUGCUAAAUCUGAAAGAGAACGAUGAACUUCGUCCAAUAACUGGUAGUGAUAUAGCUGGAUUUGUUAUGUUCAUAUUUGGCUUCGUCUUCGAGUCAUUAGCGGAUUAUCAAAAAACAGUAUUCCGAAACGAUCCAAGAAAUAAGAAUAAAUUUAUCAACGUAGGACUUUGGAGUGUAAUUCGUCAUCCGAACUAUCUUGGUGAAAUCGUCAUAUGGUGUGGAGCAUACGUUUGUGCUUCUACAUCCUUCAGAGGUUUAGAAGGUAUUUCAGUCUUAUCACCUAUUCUUGUCGCUAUCCUGCUAACUAAAGUAAGUGGAAUACCACUUUUGGAGAAGCAAGGUUGGAAGAAAUGGGGUACUAAUUCGGACUAUAUUGCAUAUAUGAAAAAUACUAAGCGACUCGUUCCUAGACUAUGGUAACAAAUCAAUGAAUUCUUUAAGCGAAAAAAAAACGUGUAUUCAAAAAAUUUCAUGGUUUUCUUUUUAAAUCUUAAAAUUUUCAAACAGCCAAAAUAUAACUUCAUCUUAGAAAACAUCUUUUAAUUUUAAAUAUUGAGCUGUGCUAUUCAUAUUUAAUAACAAUUGUUGCCUAAAUUUCAAAGCAGAUUCAUCUACUAUUGGAUUUUUGAUUAUUUCGGCACAUUUAGCUUUAUCAAAAUGACAUUUUUUGUAAUGAUGUAACGUACCAAAUUCAACUGGAACGUCCAGAGAUUCGUUAGGUACAUCGGCCGCUUUCGUUUUAUGCCAACAGAAAUGAUUAUGCAUUCCAUAGCAAGAUAGCGGAUCUAUAAUACUCUUAAUUGAAUAUCCUGGACCGCUAACUUUUGCUCUGUAUCUCCUAAACGUAGCAAUUUCUUUGCUGUCGUUAUUAGUAUCGCUUUUAUUUUUCAAGUUAUCAAAAUCAGAAAAAAAGUAAGCAUUCCUAAAAUGAUAUGAUUUGGUUUCUAUACUUCUUGGAUACUUUUUAUCUAUCGCUUCUAACAUAUCUUUAUAAUUUAACCCUUGAUUUGGAAUGAUUAUUUCGUCUAGAUCGACAAUAAUUAACUUUUUAUAAGAGUACAUAUUGCGAAGUAUGCAAUCGUUGACAGCAGGUGACGCCUUGAAAAGAAAGAAAAGAAUAAAGAAAUGUUUGCACUUUGAACUAUAUUUUCAACUUACUUGAGCGUAAUAAGCAUGAGAAGGAGCUGGAGUUUCAAAGAACCCUGUUUUGAAAUCAGUUAAAUCGAUUUUCCCCAUUUCAUGUAAUUGUUUAAAUAACUUGUGUGUAGUUGGUUCUAGAUUAUUAUUGUAUACGUAUAUUUGAGAUACACCUAAGAGGCGAUGCAUCUCUACAAAUUCAAGCACUCUUGAAGGGUUAAAUUUCGAAAACGCACAUAUCACACAAACGGCAAAGUCCUGUUGUCACCAUGAAAUAGUUAAGAAAGUGUCUGAGGAAACUCAACAGGAAUUGACCAUUGUGUUCUUUGAUUUGAUUUAUUAGCAAGAAAUAUUUUGAGAGGUAGGCGAUUACUUUGCAGAGGGCACUCAAACACAUACUCUCUGAACCAGUAUCCUCUAUAGGAAACACCUACACCUAUAUCAGCUGGUCGACUUUGAACAAUAUCUGGAAGACCUUUUUCAUAUACUAUAUGACAAUAAGGAGCAGAUUUCUCAACUAGUUUCUUCUCUGCUAUUGCAACAAUUCGGAUGCAUUUAGAACCUUGCAACGUAGAGCGAUCAUCGUAAAAGGCGGAAAAGGCAUACAUAUUCAAAAAGUCGGACUUUUGCCAAUGAACCGGCACUAAAAAUUGCAAAUGAUAAUAUUGAAAACAGCUAUAAAAAUGUUAAGUAUCUUUACCUCUAGGAAUCAACGAUUGACUUCUAAGCCGGGGUCCAUUAUCUUUAUUCGAACGAAAGAUUUUGGUAUUGUAUAAAUAGACCAACAGCAACAAAAUGGAAAUUGUAGAAAGACUUAUUAUAAGUUUCUUCAUGCUCAAAUUAAAGUUUUAUUAUAGCUUUUCCUUUGAAACUGAUAUCUGUGAAUAAUGAUAAAUUGCAACUAUACUUUCCAUAAAAAUAGAUAAAUUCACAGAGAAAAAUUGACCUAAAUUGAUUAGUUCAAUUGAUUAAAUCAAUUGUAAAAGAAUGAGAUUUUCAAGUUAAUCAUACAAGUUUUUCAUAGUUUAGAGAGUAAUAUUCUAACGAAAUUCUUCUCAACAAUUUCAGAGUAACCGGCACCUCGCUCUAAAAAGUUGGCUUUCUCGUUUUAUUUUUGUUGUUGCUUAUAAUAUAAUUGCUAUUUAUAAUUAUUUCAAUUACGAUAAUUAAAUAUUGAAAUAUUGGAAAGUUACGAAUUAGGUGAGAAAGGGCAGGUAUAAAAAGUAUUGAUAUAUAUUGAUAUUGGUAACUUUAAUCGAUAUAUUGUUAAAAUUCAAACAUAAGAAUGCCAAUAUGAAGAAUUUUUGUUUGUUUAAAAGAUACAGAUACCUUAAUUGAGAGGUGUGAAAGAAUGUAAUGUUUCGUUCCUAGACAAGGAACAUUUUCUAAACAGUUUCUAUACAAAAUAAUAGUAAGGUUAUUGAUUACCUUUAGAGCCAAGAAUACAUUAAUAUUGUGUCCUAUUAUUUGAUGAACCCGAGAAAUAUUAAUGAUAUAGAUCCUCCUUGCCGAGAUUGCUGUAAUGACUUGUAUACUUCGGAAAACUACGAAAACAUUUUGCAAACCGGAAAUGAGAGUUUUUCGAAUCUCAUUUUAUAAAAUUUUUCACUCUUCGCCUAUUUUCUCCUUGUAUCUUUCAAAAAUAUUAACAGUUUGCUAAUAUUUAUUUAAAAUAAGGUAAUUUUUAUCAUUUCAGCUAAUAAAACGCUUGUUAUUAAUUAUUCCAGGCUGUUAAAACUAGAUUAUUUACGAAAUUUAGUUAUUCUGUCUGCCUUAUCGAUUUCAAUUAUUUUCUUAUUUUUAUUUUUUAUCAUCAUUAGAUACAAUGCUUUUAAUUUUAAUGAAAAAAUUAUAAAUACAUUGCAUAUAAACAAAUUGGAACUGUUU